AGCACAAACUUCCAUAAAGCUUUCUCUGGCUUAUCCUCAAGUAAGGAAGUUCUGUACUAAAUGUUGAAGAUGAUAUGAACUGGUAUAGAGCAGAGUUAGAUGGAAGAGAAGGCCUCAUCCCGAGUAAUUAUAUUGAAAUGAAAAAACACGAUUGGUAUUAUGGUCGAAUUACAAGAGCAGAUGCCGAGAAGCUACUAAUGAACAAACACGAAGGAGCAUUUCUUAUUAGAGUGAGUGAAAGUUCUCCUGGAGAUUUCUCGCUUUCUGUUAAAUGUCCAAAUGGUGUUCAGCAUUUCAAAGUUCUCCGGGAUAUGCAAGGCAAGUUCUUCCUGUGGGUUGUCAAGUUUAGUUCGCUGAAUGAACUUGUGGAAUAUCACCGGUCAGCCUCAGUGAGCCGAUCCCAGGAAAUUACACUCGUGGAUAUGCAACCUGAACAGUUUUUGGUUCAAGCCCUCUACGAUUUUCAAGCUCAGGAGCCUGGAGAACUGGAGUUCAAAAGAAGUGACAUAAUCACAGUAAUUGAUCGUUCUGAUGCCCAUUGGUGGGAAGGGGAAAUGCGUUCGAAACGAGGAUUUUUCCCAGCUACCUACGUUGUUCCUUUUCAUGCCUAACUAGCUUACAUGUUCUUGUGCAGUGCAUCAAUUUGAUUUAUAAAUCUUCUUCAGUAAAAGUGCUAAGUAAUUAUUCUUUUCCAUUUGUUGAGCUUUUAAGUGUUGACUAGCAAAGUAAUUUACGUACAAAUUAAAGGUGAUAAUAAUGUUGUUUUGUUGAUAAACUGUGUGUUCUACAGUUUGGUAAAUUGUCGGUUACAAUUGACAUAUUUGUAAACGAGUUUCACAUUCAAAGAAGGAAGUUUCUCAGUGGAUUGUUUUGAUGAUCAUAGGCCAAAUUAAAUCAGUGAGAGUGUAAAUCUAUCUCCUGUUUAACUUUUAAUCUACAAUCUUCUGGUUUGUUUGUUUUUUCAGAAAAAAACAAGAAUCUUUAUCCAUGCAAUCCAAAUUUGACAAUCUAAUUCUGCUCAGUCGGAUGCACUCUUUGUAGUUUAAAUGUUUUUGUAUUUCUUUAACACUUGUGGUAUUAGGGAAACACACCUCUAGCCUGAUUAUGAAAAGCAGAAACUUUAAUUGUUGUAACGUAUUAGAAACUAGCUGUUAAUACACUUUAUCUUUAUAGCAUAAAUCUUCUCUGAUAACAAAAACGAGACACCUUGCAUUGAUGUAUUACUUGUUCAACUUCUUAAUUCUGUCAUCUACAUAUACAUUCGGUCAGUCAUAUAUCACAAAUAUAAGCUUCAUAAAGGUAAAUAUCUUUAUUGGAUAAAUGAAGUUUUAGUAAGUGGAUAAUGAAAAAUUAUCUUUGUUAAAAUGAGAUAAAACAAUAUGAUUGGUUGGUUAAUGUCCUUGUCUGAGCUGAUUCUUUUUACUCAAAGUUUUAGGUUACUAUUAAGAAAACAGUCAUUAAAGUGUGAUUAAUACGUGUUAGAAAAACAUUUGACAUUUUUCUUUAAAGCAUUCAUGGCUUCUUGCCAAAAUGAUCACGGAUAAAGGAAGUGGUGUUAUUGAAUUACAUCUGUUUACUCUGUCUCUCAUGUUCUUCCUUUCACUCUUUAGCUAAGAUGUUUGUCUUUCAUUGCAAAGUACAAACUUUCUACCGCUGAGCUGUUAAUUCAGUAUCUAGAGUCUUGAUUUCAAGUAGGUUACAAAUGGAUCGUGUUACCGUGUCUACAAGCUAGCAGUGACAUGACAAAUUAUAAACACCUAAAAAUCAUAAAAAGAAACCCAAUUCUUAGGAGUUACAGUUUAUGAUUGUAUCUUAUAAGAUACUGUGUUUAAAAAUAUAUAUUAAAGUAUUAUUAAUGUCCUUAAGAACUAAUGAAAUUGUACUGUGAUUCAGAAUUCAGCUUGUGGGCUUAUAAUGCUAAGAAUGAGGGGUUGAUACCUGAGGGGGGCACAGUGCAAAUAGCUCAUUGUGUAGCUUUGUAUUUAAACACAAAAACAAAGAAAAAGUACUACAUAAAUGACAGUUCAAGUUUUUUUCUGACUGAAUUUUUUGGUAGUUCUUCUUUUCUCAAAUCUGUUUUUAUAGUUUUUACCUCUGUUUCUGGAGCAAGUACAGACUUCAGAUGGAGCAAAAAUGGCUGCAAGAAAGUGUAUUGGAGGAUUUUUGUUUGCAAGGCAGUCUGAGCAUGCUUUGUUAUUGAAAUAUAUAUAGUAUUAUAGAUCAUAGUAAAGGGAAAUGAAUGUAGAUUCAUAGUCUGCUAAAAAAUAUCAAGGUUUUGAGAAAGACAAAUUCGUUUUAGACUGUGAAAGAAUGGUAGGAAGAUAAGAUGAAGAAAUAUUCACAAAAACAUAAUUUACCAAGUCCUAGCACUGCCCCCAUGAUGAAUAUUCACUGCAAAAACUCUGAAAUGGCAGGUAGAUGAAUAUUGUUGAAAUGUAUAUCCAUAAUUCUCCUUGAAACCAUCAGUAAAGUGUAUUUUAUUGAAGAAUACUGCAUCAGUGUGUAUUACGUCAAAGGGAAGUAAUAAACGAAGAAAAUUGGGAACAAUAUUUGACAAAUAUAUAUACAGUCAAUGAACAGCAAUCAUCAUGUCUAGACUAUUGCUACUCGUUUUUUUUUGCUUGUGAUAAAGCACCAAGCACUUAUUUUGACACAGAUAUGGUCCGUCUACGCAUUCUGUGCAAACAUAACUGGAGCGACAACAUUUUCCAGGACCACUAUACUGCACACAGUCUUGAUUCUUUCCUUCAUAGUCCACAAGAUAUUUGGCUCCAACCACCCUCUCCACUUCAUUCCAUUUCUUCCCACAGUUUGAAUUAUUUGGUAGAUAUUCUAUGAUGUCUUCGGGUGUCCCCUCAUCAGCUUUGUUUGUGAGGAUCACUUUCUUUGUCUCUAUCGGCUGGCAUAAACUGUACAAGAUGUGGGCAUUUACUUGGGUCACUUCGAUAAUAUGCUUUCUUCUACCAAUUCUGGUUUUUGCGGUUGUGCAUACUAUAAUAUCCCACCAACUGGUCCAUGUGAAUGCAGCAAUUCAUUGACAUGUUGUAGUCAUCCACAACUUUUGGCUUUACGAUGGUGUUUGCUUCUGCUCCUUUUUGAAGGGUUUGCACCACAGCUUUGGUUGAUACCAAUUCACUUGGCUUUUUUGCCUCUUUGUCCCUCCAACCAAUGCACGUGUUUCGUUUCCUGAGUCCAAAAGCCACCUCACCUCCUGAUGGUCAAGUUUCAGACUUUUCACUUCUACAGGAAAGCUGACAUAGUUGAUGUUGAGUGUGUCAGUGUAAUUGAAGCUGUGUGUCUGUAGAUAAUUUACAAAAGCUGUCACAAACAUGUGAUAAACUCACUGUAAGGGCUUUAGAAAAGUGUCAAAAACUUUGACAGCAUGAGCAGAUUUGAUUUCAAGGUCAGGGUCAUAUGCUGUGUCCUUUCCAAAAUAUAUUUUCAAAUUGACAACGUAGCUCGUUGCAGAAUCACAUAGCUCAAAUGUCUUGAUGUGAUAUUUUUGGAGCUUGCUUGCAUUGAACUGCUUGUGCUAGAAUUCAUACACACAUUUUCAUAUGGGUAGAAGGCAGUAGGAACUUGUCCAACAACUUCUCCACAACUAGCUCAGUCUUUGCUUUGUCUUCAGCAGCUGGUUCGUAGGCAUGAAACAUGCUGUGGUAAAUGAUUUCAAACCUGUCCCUAGCAAACAUCUUAUGAUACCAGAGUGUGAAGAGAUAUCCAGUAGUCCUUGAUCUUGGGUUGAAAGUCCAAACCUAUAGUAAUCAAAACUACCAUAAACUUCAACCAUUCAUUAUAAGUAAAUGGAGUCCAUGAGGCAAACAAUGAUUAUUUUGUUGGAGGAUUGUUUUUUUCCAAAAUCUUUGCUGCAUAUGCAUUGAUGCUAGAAAUCAAAGUGGCCACAAUUUCUUCAUCAAGAAAAGCUUUGAGAAACUCCAGUGGUGAAUAUCUCUCAUCCAAAUCCACUUUCAUGUUUAGUUGUGGCUCAAAUCAGUCUCUCCUUCUUCAGCUACUCUCCAGGCUACUUCAUCUUCACCAUUCUCACAAUCGUCUCCUGCUCCUACAACUGUUCUCUUCCUCUUGUUAGGUCUAGAUCCAGACCCUGCUUUUCUUACCCGUACUCACACCUGAAGGGCCCGCCACAGGACUCUUCUCUUCCUCUUGUUAGGUCUAGAUCCAGACCCUGCUUUUUUUACCCGUACUCGCACCUGAAGGGCCCGCCACAGGACUCUUCUCUUCCUCUUGUUAGGUCUAGAUCCAGACCCUGCUUUUCUUACCCGUACUCGCACCUGAAGGGCCCGCCACAGGACUCUUCUCUCUCUUUCACUACAUCUAUCCAAGUCAGAUUUCUCACUUUCAAAAUUAUCAUUAUCAUCACUGGGAAUAAAGUCAUUUUCUUUGCUCAGAAGUACCUCAAAUAACUUCCUAGAUUGCUCAGAAGUAAAAUGACGAGGCUUGCCAGAAGUAGUGGGCGUGGUUAUUUUCUUUGUCUCAAAAUAGGGGUUCAAAACAUUCUCAUAAAUCAUGGAAAACAUGUCUUUCUUCUAUCAAAUUGGCAUUAAGAUUGAAGAUAAUUCCUUAACAGAAGUAGUUCUAGUUUUAUGUUGAAGAUGAAAGGCAUUAAAAAUGUGAGAUUGAUCUUGAAACAGACCAAGACCUACAAGCUGCUCGGAGACGAAGAAUUAAAUCACCCAAAAUUCACACUUAAAACAAAUGUGUAAAACUCUUUCAGAAGAGUAG